GUUCAACGUAGCAGUUCGCCUUUCCAGGCGUGAUAGCCUGGUCGCUGCAAACUCGGGUUGCUCAGCUCUUCGUUCACUUCGCCUUUGUCCUCGCUCAACCCAGUGCAGUAUGGUCCAGCUGUCGCACCGCCUCAAAACGCUCUUCCCGCUGCUGCAGUGGGUGCCAACGUACAACAUCAAGCGCGACCUCAAGUUCGACUUGAUUGCUGGCGUGACCGUGGCCAUGAUGAUCGUGCCGCAAGAGAUCUCGCUCGCCAACGUCAUGGCCGUGCCCGCGCAGUAUGGCCUCUACACAGCGGCGGUCACACCGCUCUUGUACACGAUCUUUGGCACGUCCCGCGUCCUUUCGGUCGCGAACGGCUCGGAAGUAAGCCUUAUGGUGGGCACGUACCUCCAGACGAUCCCCGACAUGAAGGAGCGCGUCGCCGUUGGCAUUCUCAUCUCAUUUCUCGUCGGGUGCAUCAACUUUGCCCUUGGCUGCCUCCAGCUCGGCGUCGUCGCCGACUUCUUCUCGCGGCCCGUCAUGGGCGGCUUCCUCUCGGCCGGUGGCAUCCUCAUCAUGGUCGCGCAGUUCCCAACGUGGCUCCAGCUGUCGCUGCCGACGCACGCGUACCCGCUCCAGACGAUCUACGAGAUCUUCCACAACUUCAACAAGAUCAACUGGAUCUCGUGCACAAUCGGAGUCCUCUCGAUGCUCGUGCUCUCGUUCUUCAAGUACGCCAAGAAGCACCUCGUCGAGGCGCCCAAGCUCGCCGAGCUCCUUGACGGUCCCAGUAUCACGCAGCCUGUCACGACGCCGCGUGAGCAGUGGGGCUUCUCGCUCAACGAAGGCGACUACGCGACGAUGGAAGAAGAUCACGCAAAUCCGACCGAGAAGAAUCGACUCGGCAAGAUGCCAAGCAUGCAAGCAGGCAAGACCAAAGCCGUCCUCCUCUUUCUCUUGCGUACGCUGCUCGACCUCGGCCCGCUCGUCAUUUGUUUUUUCGGUAUCCUUGCCGGGUACCUCAUCGGCGAGAAACGCGUCAAGGUCACGGGCCAUGUGCCCCAGGGCAUGCCCGACAUCGUGCUGCCGUGGUAUGGCUACAGCGACAAUUUGAUCAAGACCGACAGCUUUGGCCACAUCUUCCUCCAAGCUGCAACCAUGGCGCUCGUCGUCUACUCGACCAGCGUCGCGAUCGCCAAGCGGCUCGCGGUGCGCGGCAACUAUGACAUUCAUUCGAACCAAGAGUUGCUUGGCCUCGGCUUCGCCUCCGCUGUCGGUGCCUUCUUCCAGGUCAUGCCACCGACGGGGGGUAUGUCCCGCACGGCGGUCAACGUCCAGAGCGCCAAGACGCAGCUCGCGUCGUUCAUCACCGUCUCAUUAGUGAUCCUCGUGCUUCUCUUCUUGACCGAUGCCCUGUACUACCUCCCGAAGGCGAGCCUCGCGUCGAUCAUCAUUGUCGCUGGCUUUUGGCUGAUUGAGAUCGACGAGGCCAAGUGGCUCUUCAAGGCCAAGCGCGACGAGUUCUACGUCUGGAUGCUGUCGUUCGUGCUCACGGUGGGUCUUGGCAUCCUCCCGGGUCUCUUUGGCUCGAUCGCGUGCUCGCUCCUUGCCGUCAUGAUCAAGACGAAGCGCCCCGUGGUCUGCCUCCUCGGCCUCAACGCCGAUGGCCACUACGUCGACACAAGCGUGCACCCUGAGGCCGUCAUGCCCAACGAUGCACUGGUCGUGCGCGUCGAGGGCUCGCUGUACUUUGGCAACGCCGAGUUCCUCUCGCAGUACAUUAUGACGCAGCUCGUCUUGCAUGCUGGCCGGCGCCUCGUCGUCCUCGACACGACGUUCCUCCAUGAUAUCGACGCCACUUCGAUCCAGACGUUUGAGAUCCUUGAGGAGCGCCUCACGCACUUGGAUGCGACUGUCUCGUUUGCCAACGCGCGCGGCCAAGCAGCGAGCAUCCUCUCAACAAGCGGCCUCUGCAAGAUCGAGCCGUCGCAAUCGCUCGACCAAGUGCUCCUCGCGCUGCGUCGAGACAAUAGCUAAGUUUCUCGGUUGACACGAAUGUAUUGAUUUUCAUAUA